AUGCCAGGCUACUCCCAGACCCAUCACAGGAGAGCGAUCAGCCCAACAAGGGCUCAUCUCCGCAAGCACAGACAAGCAAGCGCAGAGCGAGCCCAGCAGCACAGUGGCAGUUUGCAUGAUUUCCAUCUAUUGAAAGUGUUAGGUUAUGUGGCAAAAAGCUUGUCUCCACAAGCACAAAGGAGUGAAGAGAGACUAAGGCAUGUGGAGAGAAGCCAACAUGCCAGGCUACUCCCAGACCCAUCACAGGAGAGCGAUCAGCCCAACAAGGGCUCAUCUCCGCAAGCACAGACAAGCAAGCGCAGAGCGAGCCCAGCAGCACAGUGGCAGGUGGGGGAACCUAAAUUGCCUGCUCAGAGGAAUGGACACCCUGUCCAGCUCCUUCCAAGAGACCCAUUGUCCAGGAGUGACACCCAGCAAGACGAGUCAAUGGGAGCACCUCUCCAGAGCACCUUUCAGACUGAGAGGGGUUACUGCCUAGGGGAAUUGGACACAUUAUCAGAUGCAGAGAAGAGCCUUUCGGGAUUGUUCAAGACUUGUUAUGGGACAUUUAGGGGAGGAAUCAAAGGCAGAGAAAGGGAGGAAUCUAGGUGGCUGGGGCUGCGCGAGGGUGACAGCCGAGUGCCCCAAGGGACGUGGCGGGGACAAGUUUUGAAUAACCAGAGUCGGGCUCCUUGGCGUUUGUCAUCUAUAACAGAUUUCUUCUGGUCAAUAGCAGAUUUUGUGGUUCUUUUUUUCCAGAGCAUUCUUCAACCAGAUUUGAGAAGGAGAGGCUACACAUCUUCCUCCUAUACAGGAUAUGAUGAUGGAAGAGGACCUCCAGGAUAUCCUCGUCGUAGGAUGGGUCGAAUAAAUCACUGGGGUGGAGGUCCCAGUCCACCACCAAUGGCUGGAGGUGGAUGAGGAAGGUAAAUGCCUGCUGCAAGAGGCAGGCAAAUGAGCAUACACAUUUGCAAGAGGAAGGGGAAGAAGAGGUCAGUGGCGGACCAAACGAGUUUGAAUAUUGUGAAUGUGUAUGUCUAACUGGAAACUGUUCUGUGACACAAGCAGAUUAAUGAAGUUGUACUGGGAACUCCCUCUUCAAGGAUCCAGUGUAACUGAAUUGCAGUUUUAUUAAAUACAUGUGUACUGUCUGUCUAAAGUCUUUGUAUAAUUUCUGAACAUUUUACUGUAGUUACAAAAUAAGUAAAUUAUAUUUGGCUUGUCACAA